AUGGCAGAAUCUUGGCUGGCACCCGACCAGCGACGCGAGCGCCAUUCUAUUGGCGAGGACGACGAUGACAAUACUGUUGGCGCUGAUUCUGAUGACGGUGGCAAGGACGACGCUGACAAUACUGUUGGCGCUGAUUCUGAUGACGGUGGCGAGGACGACAAUGAUGACACUGGCGAGGACGACACUAGUGAAAUAAACGCUGACGAUGUCAAUGAAUCUGCUAAUUCCAACAUUGAUAGCAGAUCCUCUUCACAAGACGCAGAUGAAACGGAAACAGUGAACGUAGGAAGCCUUGUUGAUAAAAUGACUGGUAAUGACGGCAAAAAUGACGAUACUGGUAGCGACAGCGGCAACGAUGCCAGCAACGAUGGCGAUACCAGCAGCAACAGCGACGACGAUGACGUUCCCGCCGAUGGGAGCGACGACGUGCCCUCCAAUCCGCGCUUCUCUCCCGUGAUGAUGGCGGAAGAACGGGCCAGGCGACGCCCAGCUGACUGGCAGGAGUGGGGAGCCUGGUCCGAGUGCACUGCGUGUGGUGGCUGUGGAUCCCGGCAGAGGUCGCGAGAGUGCAUGCUCGGAGCCAGGGGCCAAACAUUAUAUUGGAACGAUAUUCUGGUGAAGAUGAAAGCUUCUGCUGGUUUGCUCGCAUUCAUAAUCGUCAGCGCCGUAGCGAGUGCGCAUGCGCAGGAUAUCACCACCGAGUCUUCGCAAUCCGCCGACGACCGCCUUGUCAACGCGACUGUAUUACCGGUUCCGGCGGAAGAAGGGGAGGCCACGCUUUCCAACAGCACAGAUAACAACAUUACGACAACAACACAGAGCAGUAGCACUCCGGUGGGCGGCGUCGGCGACCGUGACGAUAGCGACACAGACAAUGACGGCGUUGUCCAGCCAGUAACCGCCGGUCCAGGGUCCGGGAACCACGCAUUCAUACGAGACAGUAUUGCAGUAGAAGAUACGAUCUUGUCACCGACAGAGGGCGCUAUCGUUGAAGGCGAAGCAGACGAGAGUGUCAGCCCGAGCGAAGAACAAUCGGCAGCUGAUAGCGACGAUAGCAACCGCCAGGCACCAGACCUCUUUCCCUCCUCACAAGAAACCAACACGGAAACCUCUACCGUACACGAAGAACCCCGCACUGACUCUAACCCGUCGUCAGAGGGCAGCACCGACGCAGCCGUCAAUCAUGGCACCGGCGCCACCGUCGACGAUUCUAAGCCUUCGAUCACGGGACGUGGCAACAGGAAGACAAAAAAAUAUUUCGAGCAGAUAGGACCUUUGCGAGCGCAUGUAUCUGGCGGUGAUGAGAACGUAGUUGGCAGCAGAGGCGAUAUUUCGCGUGACCAGUCGCUCGUAGAUGAUUCUGUGGAUGCGGACUCCGAUGACAACAUUGAGACACGAGUCAUUGAGCCGCUGUCCGUCAGUGCUGGCGACGAUACGCACAACAGCAGCACCGCAGAGGGCGACGGGACCGGCAUAGACGAUAACAACGUUGACGAUGAUUUGCAGAGCAGCCGCACGACAGAGGGCGACGGCACCGACACUGACGAUAACAUCGUUGUCGAUGAAACACACGGGAGCAGUACCACAAGGAGCGACGACGCCAAUAAUGACGAUAGCAACGUGGCACCUCCACAAGACGACGAUGUCUCCGCGCAACGUUCUAAUGGCGCCGGCCUCGGAAGAGGUAGUGCUGUAAUAGAGGAUACGAUCGUGUCUCCAACAGAUGGCGUGGUCGGCAGUGACAACGCAGACGAUAACUCACGGAGUUACAACGUGAGUGAAGAAUAUUCAACAGGUGAUGACGUCACUAAUAGCAACGGGCAGAAAACAGACGUCUCACGUUCUCCACAAAAUACCAACAAGGAAAUGCAUGAUCCAAAACCAGACACCGACGCGUACCCACCGCCAGAGGACAGCACUGACGCAAGUACAGAAACAGUCGACGUAAUUCGACAAACGAAGGGACGAUAUUUCGAUCAGAUUGGACCAUUGGGAGCAAAGCUAAUCGAAGGUGAAGACGACACGGACGGUGACGCUGACAAUACUGUUGGCGCUGAUUCUGAUGACGGUGGCGAGGAUGACGAUGACAAUACUGUUGGCGCUGAUUCUGAUGACGGUGGCGAGGACGACGAUGACAAUACUGUUGGCGCUGAUUCUGAUGACGGUGUGGCCGUGGGCGUCGAUUCCGGCUUCCUCGUGUGCGUGCGUGCACGAGCUUGGGCGGUGACAAUCGUCAACGGCGUCGUCGUCAUCGUCGACGGCGUAGUUAUAAUGGUCAUUGGUGUUGUCGUCUUCGUCAUCGGCGUCGCCGCCACCGCUGCGAUUUCCGAUUUUCGCGUGUAG